AUGGCUUCUGAGUGGAUCGAACAUCAGGCAGGGCUGGCCACGGCUUGGUCGGAUCGGCUUGGCUGGCGGCCGAGCCCAAAGCUGGGGCGAUCGCCAAUCCGUCAGAAUGCUCGAGGAGCUGAGACCGAGCCCGGCUUCUUCGCGAAUCAACGGCGCGGGAGCACGGGCAGCGUGCGAGAACGCAGCCUCAGAGCCUCGCGCUCGCCAGAGCGUGUUUCAGUCACGCAGUUCGUACCGGACUUCGAGGGUAGCCGCAGCCCAGAGCGCUCCCGAGAGCCACGGCGGGAGCUGCGGGAGCUGCAGCGCCCUGUGGCAGCGGGUCCCCGUGGCUCCCUGGGCUCGCUGGUUCCUGUGGGGAAGCCGCUGGCACCCCUAAGAAGGGAACGAAGAAGACCCACGGCUGAUCGUCUCAAUGACUUC